GAUUUCCAAACACAAUUCUUCACAACUUGAUGUUGCCGCCGUUUUAUUGCCCAUUUGCAGAUAAAUAUCCUCGGGUGUUACGGAUUGCUUGUAUACAAUGCGAUAUUCGGGUGUGAUUCGAUCUUCUAGUUCAUCAUCAUUCACAAUGGCAUCCUGUUCUUCCCAUUCGACUACGGUUUGGUUCAGUGCAGUAUUUCUAAAACGUUGCCUUUCUCCCAAAAGGCUCGAUGCUGCUGCUUCAGCUGACGAUUUGUCAUCGUUUUGACCUUGAGUUAUGGAAGUAGUCGAUGGUGUUGAAAAUUUUAUACCAGUACUUGGAACACGGUCGUCGGGCUCCUCGUCAGACGAAUUUCGCUCCGGCUCAGUUAAUAAAUCUUGAAUUAAUUUCAAAUUACUCGAAUUUUCAAAAUAAUCCAUUUUUACUCUUCACAAAAUCUAACUCAACUCGAAUGGUGUCAAAAUCACUGAAAAAAACAUCGAUUGUCACCCUAGCAACCUCUUAUUUAGAAAUGUCGCAGGAACCCUUUUAAAUGUGCAUAGCAACAAAAUUUAAAUUCGUCCAGUCAAAGAUGGUUUCAUUGAACAAUAUAAAUCAGCACAUAAGUGCUGUGAUGGAGACGAUGGGCUGGCCAGAGGAUGCAUUUAUGCCAAUUGCAAACAAUGAAAACAGGCAACUCAUGGAAAGUAUUGAGCAGCAGAUGGAAGCAAAGAAAAUGAAGACCGAACAUCGUGAGCAGCUCAGCGAAAGAGUGAAAAUGUUGAGAGAGCAUUUUCAAAAUGCCCAAGUUGGAGUGGUACAAAAUUUGAAACUACUUGAUGCACAUCGACGACAAUGCGAUAGCGAAUAUCAUAUGUUCAAGUUGGCUGAGAAUGAGCUAUCCACAUCCGAUAAUUUGAAGGCGGAUGUCAAAAAGGAAAUUAUCGAUUUGGAUGGAAAAAAUCAUAAAAUCGAAAAGGAUAUGAAUCGGCUGAAUGAGAGAAUAGACAGUCUCGGUACUGAUAUGCAGUGGAUGAAGAAUGCGCUCAUCGAAUGGGCCCAGGCGAUCGAUCACGAUGAUCAAACAAAUGCUCUGAUUGAAAAGUACUGUAAGGAGGAUAAGAAAAGGGCUGAUACAUUUGAGGUGCGACGACAAGCAGCACAAAAAGCAAUUACAAAGAAUAAGAGUCGCCUGACCGAAUUGGAAAGUGAGAAACAAUCACUUGAACAUGUGUUGGAUCGAACGAGCAAUUUGUAUCGACAAACUGUUCUUGAACGUCGGCAAAUGACUGCGACAUGGACAACGGCCGUGAAAUCAUUGAAUGCGCGUAACAUUUCGAUUCGUGAAACGAUGGAGAAAAUAGCACAAACAAAAAUGCUUGGCGAGCGUAAAACCAUUGAGUUGAAGGAGCAAUCGGAAUUUCUCAACCAACAAAUCCAAAACAACAAAGAAAGUGAAUUUAUGAUUGCCGAACUAAAUGAGCAAAUUUCCAGAGUUAGAAUUCUAUUGGGUCGACACAUCGAUGAGAUUCAAUUGAAAACAAAUGAUUUGAUUACGUUGAGGCGACAAAUGCAACACGACACCAAUUGCUUGCAACAAAUGCGGCAAAAAAAUCAUAAAGCCAGUAUUGAAUAUGAUGAAAAGACCAAGCAGAUUGUUAAAUUGAAAGAAAUUGUCAAUGAGUUGGCAUCGAAGGUAGGGAAAAUUCAAGAUGAGAAAAAUAACGCUGAAUAUCGGUUGAGACAUUUGGACGAACUAUUCGAAGAUGAAGAGAAAUCAAUACACGCCAUCGAAUUGGAAAUGGUCAGGCUUUCACAGAUGGUUUACCGAUCGAGUCAAAUCAUACAACAGCAAAACGACGAACAAAAAUUGAUUGAGACUGAAAUACACACCUUAGAAUCAUCCAUAAAAGCCAUAAGCGCCAACUAUUUGAAUCAAGAGAAGGAGCUCGCCCGUCAAAUGGAAAUGCAAUACGAUAUUCAUUUCAAGGCAUUCAAAAUGGAAUAUCGUGUAGCUAAAAUGCAAGGCGAAUUAAAGGAAAUGGAUCCGGAAUUGAUUCAGAAAUAUGAAACGCUUCAGCUAUUAUGUACAAAGACUCGCGAUAAACGCGACAGAGUCAAGAGGGAAUUGUGUUCGGCUGAAGAAACCGAACGCCGGUUGAAGCCGUUGCUGUUUGAAAAUCAAACCGAACACGUUGAAUUGAUGAACAAGCUUCGAAAUCGGCAGUCAGAGUGUGAGGCUGGUCUACGAUUGAUCGGUUGUAAUCGUGAACAGUUGCACGAACGAUUAGUGGAACACAGUUUGCUGAAAAUGCGAGUCCACCAAAUGGCCGAGAUGUACAACAAGCAAAUGGAGAAGUUCUACGAUUUGGAACAACAUAAAUUACAGUUACAACUGGCGGUUGAUGAGCGUUUGAUCGAUUUGCGGUGCCAAAUGGAUUUGUUGGCCAACAAGCGAAAGCAUUUACGUGCCGAACGGGAUCAAUUAAAAGCGGAUAUCAAUGAACGGAAAAUCAAAAUCGAUGCGUUGAAGGCACGUUUCGAGUUGACCAAUGAGUUGCUUGGGAGAAAUGAAGAUGGAACCGCAGUUAGUGCAAUUCAAUUGAAAAUGGAAACAGCACAAGAGAAAGCACUUCUUCUGGAGCAGGGCAGUAAAUUGAAUGAAAAAGUCCUGAAUGCUGAAGCUGACAUCAAAGCAUUGGAAAAUACUUUGAUUCUUCUGAAUUUCUCAAACGAUAAAUACAAACGGAAAAUGGGACAAGUGCAGGAUAAUGAGGAGUUCAAUGAAAAAAUGCAAAAACUUAGCAACGAGUAUGCGACUGCAUUGAAUCGAUUGAAGUUGACAAAAAAUGAUUUUGAAAAUGAAACAAAAAAACUAAACGAAUUACAACGCCAGUACGAACAUUUCGAAAUUGAACUGGAUGAGAUUACACGCAAUCGAUUGGAGAAUAAUGAUGCGCUCAUAAAAAUACACAAAGAAAUAAUGGAACAAAAUUCCAAGAUUGAACGGGCCAAACGUGAAUUGAAAAUUGCCAGAAAGGCGAUGAUAAAGAAAGUUGGCGACCGAGAAUAUGUUCGAUUGCUUGAGAAAGACCUAACAACAAAGGAGAUUGAAAGCCGAAACACGGCUGCACUUAACCAACUGGCCGAUAUGAUUGACACCAUACCCGGUUUGAGUCUAAUCGUUAACAAACUUCUGUACGAAAAAGGCUUAGAAAUUCCGAUGCAUAAUCAAAGUAGUCGAGAAUCGAUAUCGCUGACACGAGUCAGAAGCCGAGCGGCUUCAAUGCGUAGCUCGGGACGAGCAAGUGAAUGCAGUCUGACAGUCAACAGCCGUGAAGAUGAUGGAAUUAUUUCAAGACUGUCGCAACGUUCAUUUGUAACCACGUCAUCGAGUGUAUCGGGAACAUCGACGACCAAAUCAACAAAUAAAUCGGGGAAAAGCAUGACUCACACUUCGUCUUCGUUAAAUUUCCGAAUUGAAGGACAAUCUAUACGUGGCGAUAAGCCGACAAAAUAAAAUGAAAAAAAUCUGUUUGAAAAAAAAUCAUUUCUUUUGAAUUUCCCACACAGAAUCGAUGCACAUACAUUAUCCAUAUGACUUUGUAGCCAACUUCAUACCCUAUUGUAAAAAUGGCAAUUGUAAACAGAAAUGACAUUUCGAAUAAACAUUUGUUUUGUGUCCAAAUAUAACUUUGAAUUAAAGUAGUCUAUUGAUUGGAUAUUUGAAACCAAAGUUUUCACUUGCCAAUGGAUAGAGAGUCAUAAUGGCAUCAGCUGCGUAUAUUCCCCGCAAUAAUGAGAAUGCACUCGAAUCACCCAACUGGCGAUUCCGGUGUGACUUUUGCCCAAAAAUAUUCUACAUGGAAGACAGUUUCAAUGAGCAUACCUUAAAGCAUUUCGAAAAGAAAAACUGUCUGAAUUGCAAAAAGAUUUUGAUCCGUAUCGGUAGUAAGUGGUAUGAACCGCACAUUGAUGACCUACAAAUAGAUGAAACAGAGCAAAAAGUCGAGUUUAUUGAUUCAAUGGUCAAAGUUAAAGUGGAAAAUUGUGAAGAUAUAACUGAAAUCAAUGAUCCGAAUGAGGAUGACACAAGUUCUCAUAACGACGUCAAAUCGGUAUUGUUUGAUGUUCCAAUCAUCCCCGUUGUUAGAUCCAUACAGUUAGAUGAACAUCGAACUAAAGUACGGCAUAAACCAUAUCGAAAACCGAUGAAAAAAGAUCCAAAAAAUUGUACAAAAUCGCCUGAAGCUGGUCUACCGAGAAAGAGAAAAGUGUCCCGAAUUAAAUGCCGAAUAUGUGAUAGACUCAUCCAAAAACACAACUUUGAAAAUCACUUACAGAAGGCACACGUGCCAAGUGUAAUUAUGUCGAAAGAAAAGAAGGAAAAGAUCGAAUGUGAAACAUGUGGUAAAUCAUUUGCCAACAGUCAAAACCUAAAAAUCCAUCAGAUGAUACACAGUGGAACCAAACGAUUUGUGUGCACUUAUUGUGGUAAAAGUUUUCGGCAACUAUAUCAUCUGACCGAGCAUAUGAAUGCUCACACUGGGAACAAACCAUACGAAUGCAAGGAAUGCAAGAAAUGUUUCUUCAGGCUAGUGACUCUACGCACUCAUGAACGAAUUCACAGCGGAAAAAAGCCAUACAAAUGUUCGAUUGAUGGUUGCGACAAGGCUUACGCUCAUAGCAUCGACUUAAAAAGGCACAAAUUCAGCGCACAUGGUAUUUAUACCAAAAAACACAUUUGCUCAUUUUGUGACAAAGUUUUUCCGGAAAAUAAGCUUUUAAAAAAACACCUGGACUCUCAUUCAACGGGUAAUAUUCGAUAGGCAGCAUCUGGAUUCUAAAGGAAUCUCUGUAAAUCGGAUUAAGUUUUUAGACUGUUACUACUUCUAAUUAAUUCAAAUAAAUAAAACAUAGUAUUUCCAUAGGAA